UUCUGGUGUAAGUCUCCGAUUUCCAGAUGCUGACUUACGCAUCGAUUGUGUUUGGCGAAGAGCAACCUCUGGGCCAAUUUAGCUAUGCUGUUUGGAACGUCUACCUGGCAGUGUCUUUCGCUGCUGUUGUUUGGUCGUCCUUAGCAGCAAUCGGAGAGUUACAACGCUUACUGCAGUGCUCCUUAGGAAAUAUGUGCUCCCGAGGUCAACCUGCUACAAUCCAAAGAAUGUCUGCUAAAGUUCACGAUCUUCACUGCACCACGGAGAGAUACUUCAAUCAGCUAGAGUCAGCAUGGGGGCAACAUGCUAAGUUCUAGCAGAUCAUAAUGUUGCUUCACUCACCGCGUCUUUUGGAUUCUGCUGAAACACAUUUAUGCAUAUAAGUACGUUAAGACUAUUUCUCG